ACACACACACACACACACACACGCACACGCACACGUUUCCUACUGAAGUGGUAAAUUUCAAGUAAACUCUGUGUGAGAGUCGGAGUCAUAGUCAGUAUGUCUGUUUUCUGGCUUAAGCUCGUAACCAUGUUUUGUUUCUCCUGCAUGACCCUGAGUGACCCAGAAAGCAAAGGAGUGGUAUGGAGAAAAGCUGGAGAAGCCAUCACUAUCCAGUGCAGUACGUCAGAUGUGGCCGUAGAAUACCUUCAUUUGUAUAAGGGUCUCAGUGAGGAGCUUCAAGUUGUUUUUAAGGACCGUCAGUCAGAAAGCCCUAACAUUGCAUUCAGAGACAGACUUCAGACCAAUGCAGCUUUUCCCGACGUGGACAUUUUCAUCAGGAACUUGACCUCUACUGACACAGGACCCUACUGGUGCAUGUACAAAAAGUUUGAUGGGGUGCUUGGCAAGCUCAUCAAGACGAAGGGCAGAGGAUCCGUGCUCCUGGUGGUGGCAGAAGAGAGUGGUGAAUCUGCAAGGGGGAACCAGGAGUGUGAGAUGAAACAUCAGAAGCUGGUCCUGGUGUCUGUUGUGAUCACUGCUGCUGUGCUGUUUGCCUUCAUCAUGUGCGCCUUCAUAUGGAUCAUCCUCAAGACCAAGACUUCGUGCACCACAGUGAAACCAAGACGUCAGGCCACCAAUGAUGUUUAUGAAGACAUGCGAAGCACGCUCAGACGCUGAAGACGUCCCUGACCAACCUGAAACUGCAUAAACUCUGCACCGCGGAGGUAAAAGUGCAAUGUUAUGCAACUCGGCAUGUUUUCCGACAUGCUCUUGUAUCUCUUCUGACCUUGUGCAUGUCUGCUUGUCUGUAAGUGAAGUGCAGUACAGACGGUAAGGUGCAUAAUGUGCAAAAAGGUACAAUGUGGGAAGGUGUAUAAAAAUCACAUAAUAUUACUCCACAACUUUGGAAGUAGAAGAGCAGACUGUUCUUGUUCACUAGGCACAAAUGUCACAGUUUGGCUUGUCUUUUAAUACAAUGUAUUUCUAAUGCAAAUGUCUUCUUUAAUUUCCGUAAUUUCUAAUACUUUUGUUACUUUUUAAAAUACCUCUUAUACCCUCAGACCUGCAAAUGAUUUAUUGUAUUAACAGAAGCAGCGUACAUCUGAUCAUAUCAUAUAAGAUGGAUGCUAUGUAUUGUAAAAAAAAUAAAAAAUAAAGUGUAUAUAACUGCAAUUUGCCAUCUCCAUAUAUAAAACAAUAAAAAUGUUGGUAUGUGCUGCCAUGUUUGACACAAUCA